ACAGAUCUGUAGAACCCUAAAAGGAAACUCGGGAAUUCCAUUCAGCAAGACUGAGCAAGACUCAAAGAAUAUUUUUCCUUGUAUACAGAAUGUACUGAAUAACCCUGACUACAAUAUACCAGUUCUGUGUUCUCAUAUAUGCACCUAUAGCUGUAUCAGUUGAAAUACAUGGUGGAUCCUGGACAAAGUUAUCUCUUCGAAUAAACAAUGCGUCUGACUAUUAAAUUGUUGAGGGAUUUAACUGUCCGCAGUGCCUACAAGCUGGAACCGGUUCCUAAGUGUACAAUAGCCCAGCAGGCGCUGAAGGCUCUGGAGAUUAACCCUGAGAAUCCUGUAAUUAUUGAUGGGUUGACGGGAGAUGUCACUACCAGGGGUCAACUUGCUGAGCAGAUUUUACGUGUGGCUGGUUGGGUGUCUCAAAAUAUUGAAGAAGGAGAUGUGAUUGGACUGUCUCUGCCUAACAUCACUCAGUACAUGAGUACAGCCUUAGGGAGUAUUCAUGGUGGUGGCGUAGUUUCUCUUUUCAACCCCAUCUAUACUCAGAGUGAACUAGAGCACACUGUAGGGUUAGUCAAACCUAAACUGAUCUUCACAAGCGCUCUUUCUCUAGAUACCUUCAAGGCAAUAAAUUGUUCUGUUGAGAAGUAUGUUGUGUUCGGGCCGGAAAUUCAAGGAACAAUCUCGGCAAAAGUCGUCUUCACUUCAGACAAGAUUGCUGAAGGUGUUGGAGUCGGAGAUUUUAACGAUACAACACUUCUGCCCCUCAGCAGCGGAACAACAGGUCUACCUAAGGCAGUCUGCUUGUCCCACAAGAACUGUGUGACAUACAAUGUGAUAACGAUGCAUGAUCAUUUUGGAACCUUAGGUCCUGGCAAGAACUGUUUGAUGUUACUUCCUAAGUUCCACGCGUAUGGUUUCACCAUGUCCCUUAACAGUAUUCUCAAGGGAGCAGUCUACACCACCCUCCCCAGGUUAUUUAGCUCCUUGAACCCUUGAUUCCGUGAUUCCUCGAUUCCUCGAUUCCUUGAUU